AUGUUUUACUGCAGCCGAGAUCCUGCCAAAGCGUCCAACUGUAGUAAAAGUAGCAGCACAUCGGCAAAAUCUCAUGGACCCUAUCACCAACCCUACUCACUGCUGGACAUUACUGCCCGAAUCGUCGCCCAGAAUGAACCAUUCCAGAAGAUCGAGGAACGGUACGACCGGAUCCCGGAACCGGUUCAAAGGCGCAUUGUGUUUUGGUCCUUUCCACGCAACGAAAAGGACAUCUGCAUGUACAGUUCCCUGUCAAGGGUUUCCUCCAUUAACUCGGUGGAAUCGCAAAGCCUUAGCUUCUGUACCGGAUUGAAAUUGGUUGAAACGGGCUGUGUGGAAAACGUCCUUCAGGUGGGCUUCCAUCUAAGCGGGAUCGUGUGGUCACACCCACCGAACCAAAUCGAACGUCACAGCAGUGUCCACAACGUAGCCGGCUCAUCUUCCGGAAGCCGCAAUAAUGAGCUAGGCUAUCCACUGCCACCGGCAAACCAGAAUCUUUACAAUAAUUACCAUCAUCAUAAUCAUCAUCAGCAGCAGCCGCACCAUCAUCAUGCACAUCAGCAUCAUCCUGCCCACCAUCACCACCAGCAGCAACAGCACCAUCCGCAUCCAAACCAUCAUGCACCACCACUGUCACCACCACCGCCAGCACCGCCUAUGGUGCAUCAAGUGCAACCACAGGGUGGUGCUGCUGGGGGUGGUGGCCCGGGGCCGGGAGUCGGUAUCCAGGUGGCUGCGGCGGCAGCUGUGGCUGCUGCGGCAGCCGCCGCCGCUGCUGCCGGUGUUCCGCCGCCCCCGGGUGGCGCACAUAUGGUGGUGGUAGCACAACAGCCAAUCGGUAUGGCUGCCGCUCAGCAAAUGCCUCCGAAUGGGCAGCAGCCUUUCAACGGUGCCAAUAUGGAUCAUCGCGAUGCGUUUAAUAACAUCACGAUCGGUGGACAGGGCGCUUCCAAUGGGUCAGGAAUGGAGGAAAAUAAGAAAUUCAAAGUAUCCGUCAGUUUCGAUCGAUGCAAAAUAACAUCUGUGACGUGCAGUUGCGACACAAAGGAUAUAUUUUGGUGCCAUCACGUGGUCGCUUUAGCCCUGUACCGAAUACGGAAUGCUGAUUCGGUGAAACUACGAGUUCCUAUAUCCGAGACGCUGCUCCAGAUGAACCGGCAACAGUUACAGAAAUUCAUCCAAUACCUGAUCGCCGAACAUCACACGGAAGUAUUGCCAACGGCACAGCGGUUGGCAGACGAGAUACUGCAGCAGCGUUCGGAAAUCAAUUCCAUCUGUGGUGCACCAGAUCCAACCGCCGGUGCAUCCAAGGAUGAUGACCAUUCGUGGCAUCUGGAUGAAACGCAGGUUUGCGAGGCGGUCAAGACGUAUCUUGGCCAGGGUAGCUACUACUACAGCAGCAAGCAUUUGAAUUCACUGUUCGGUAAGGUACGCGAAAUGUUACGUGCGCAAGACUCGAAUGGUGCCCGUAUGCUGACACUGAUUACGGAGCAGUUCCUAAGCGAUCCGCGGCUGGUGCUGUGGAAAAACCAUGGCACACCGAUGACGGAAAAAUGUCGCCAACUGUGGGAUCAACUCGGUGCCUUGUGGGUAUGCAUAGUGUUGAACCCGAAAUCAUCGCACGGAGAACGAAUGCACUGGAAAUCGCUGCUAGAGAAGUGGUCCAAAAGCGAAGUGUGCCCACAGGAGGAUCCGGACUUGCGGACGUCUCCCUCAUCCAGCCGUGAGAGCGUACGUGAUAGGUCGAAUCGGGAAAGAGAGCGCGAUCGAAAUAGAUUCUUUCGCGAGAAUAAUCUACGCAAUAUGAUGUACUACAAUCACCACCAUCAGCCACACCAGCACCAACAGCAACACAAUAAUCAACCUAUCGGUGGAGGUGGUCACGACAAUCCGAAUCGCAAUCACUACAAUCAUCGCUACGGUGCCAUGAAGCAUCGCAAUGGAGAUAAUGCGAAUCGAGGUGGAAAUAAUCAUCACAACGACCAGUACGAUAGCUCCGAGACGGAUUCCGAUUCCGAUGAUGAGAUGGAUGAUGCGAACGAGGACGAAGGUGUUGGUAACAAUGGACAGGACGAAGAGGAAGACGGCAAUGAGAAUGGUGGGGCAAUCAAUGAUCAUGAUGACGAAGAUGACCACCAUCAUGAGGAUGACGAAGCGGAAAGGCGCAGAGUAGACGACAACGGUAUGGAGGAAGAUGUGGUCGAUCAAGUUCACAAUAUUUUACAGGAUAUUAACUUUGCCGAUGGAGCGGAGCCCGGUCCGAGUAGAGAACAUCGGGACGAAGAUGGAGAGGUACGAGACUUCAUGAACCUCAACCUGAUGAACGUUCAAGAAGAAGAACAUCGGUUACCAGAAAUGAUGCCAGAAAAUGACGAUAGCUCGCGAGAAUCGAUGGAUGUUGAUGGGGCUGGUAUCGGUACUUCGUCGUCGAAUGGCGUAGUGGGUAGAGUAAGUGGAACCGUCAGUAGUGGUGUUGCUGGUGGUAGCUCCAAAUCUGGUACAGGAAAUGUGGGCUUCUUCCAGAGUCCAUGCAUCUGUGGGGAGGAUAAAUGCGAGUGCAAUCGACCAGUAUUUUUGGACGAUAUAAAGCCGAAAAAGUUCUUCGAUUGUGUUGCAGCAGCUGGGGGCAGUGUAUCAAUAGCGGCUAGUGUCAGUGCACGUAAUUUCGAUGUAAAUGAAGAUGCCAACCAAGAUUGCAUUGAGCUAUCGAAGGAUAUUGAUAUGACGGUGACGAGUGGAACGGCUACGGUUGGUACAUUGAAGAUGCGGUCGAGCGAUGAAGCAAUUGAAACGAUUGCCGGAGCUUCUUUCUCGUCCUCGUCCUCAUCCUCUUCCUCCUCUAAUUCUUCGAUUUUAACCAUGGUUGAUGAUCACCAGAAAGAUGUAGAGCUGGACUUUGAGAAACCCGGACCGUCGGGAUUAAAUCAUCGCCGUGUCGGUCCUAUCGAUGUAGAAACGAAUCCCUCUUCUGGAAUGUCUUCCAACUCAGCUUUAAAUAAUGAUGCUCGCCGCAUAGCACACGAUGAUUGCGAUGAAUGUGAAGAACAAGGCAAAGACAAACCCGUGUGCAAAAAGUCAACCGAAGACGAUGAUGAAGCGGGACCAAGCUCGAUUUCUUCUUCCCAUGUGGUCAAGAAAACAAAGGAAUCAAAGGACGAUGUCGAUGAAAUGGAUCUGGACCCGGAAGCUGGACCUAGUUCGAGGCGCAUUAGCACGGACGAUGGAUCAGCUGUGGCCGGUGGUUCGGGGCUGAACGGAAAUGCAUCCGUAGAAGCGCGCGUAAAACCGGUAAAUGUUGGUGAUGGAAACGGCGCUGGUAGCGGUCGUCCAUGUAAGCGUCUCAAGCUGAAUAAUGGUUCAUGGGUGAGCAGAAAUGGUAACAAAACACCUCGUACCAUUUUUCAUAAAGCGCUCGAUGCAGUGAACAUGUCAUGGGAAAAUGAACACCUGAAACGCAUCCUAGAGUCCGACAGUUAUAAGCUUUCCAGUCGCAAUUCAGUGCAAAUUGCCGGUUCUAGUAAGGCCCCGGUAGCGAACCAUCCGAGCGUAAAGUCUAACUUCAAUGCAAAUGGUCAGCCGUUAUGGCAUGAGAAGAUUUCUAUGACUGCGGCCAGAAUCGAUUCGUUGCGUUCGCAUGGUCACAUGGAAGCUGCACUCAGAUUGUCGGUCAGCGUUGUACGAACGAUGCGUGAAAUUCAGCGCGAAGCACAAGCACUAUGGCUUCGUCACAAACCAAAGUUACCUCCCACUCAAGCAAGCACUGCGGAACAGCCUGUUCCGGGGCCCUCUAAUUCUGGUUCAGGUUCGUCAAACGCGGCAGGGCCUCGUUGUAAUUGUGGGCCUCCGAAGGUUAUACCGGCAGAGUCAGCAUCGUGCAGGAAAGAGUCCAACGCGACUAAACAUAUGCACCAUUCCCUGUUACCUCCGCUGCCACCACCGUUGCCAUCAUCAUCUUCCGCUUCAAUUCAGCAGCAGCAAAUUAUGCAGCAACAGCAUCAACAGCAACAUCCAAGUCAGCAUCAUCAUCAGCAUCAGCAUUUGUUGCAACAGCAACACCAACCACAGGCAUCUACAUCCUCUGGAAUAAAGGCUGGAUGCCAGUGCCAGUCGCACCGUCAUCAGUCACAAAGCUCAACACCCCACUUUCCGGUUCCACCGCCUGCGCCAAUGAUGCCGCCAGAUCUGCAUGCAUCCCAUGCGCCCCCAGUGCCGGCAAUGAAGAAAGAUUGUUCCAAGUGUAUUCAAAUUAAAUGUUACUACGAAUCGGUGGGUUCUGGUGGAUCUUCACUAAAGCAUAAUGGUCCACCGAUGGCUGGUCCCUCGCACGCCAGUGUCAACAAUACCCAUCACAGUCAUCAUCCACCGGCUCCUCCAGCACCGCCAAUGUCUUCGGCAUCGAGUGUCGUUUCCCAGCACCAACGAAUUCAUCGUAAUUCAAGUGGGAUGAUAUGUAGCUCGGCAAAAUGUAAUCAUUUCAUUGCCACCGGUCCUAAUGGUCCUGGAAUAAUUCAGCCGGCUCCACAUGACCUGUAUCGUAAAAUACCGCAUUGCUCUACAAGCUCUUCGCAGCAGGCCCAACAACCUCACUGCAGUCGCGAUUUUCGGUACAUGAAGUUCCCAAAUAUUCCACCAAACCAUCAACACCACCAUCAUAAUCAGCAUCAUCAUCAUCAUAAUCAUCACCAGCAACAACUUCAAAACCAGCACCACGCAUCUUCGGGAGCAGGAAUGAUCGUUCCGGUAGGAAUUCGUCAUCCUCCUCCUCCUGCAUGCCCAGUACCGGGCCCAUCAACAUCCCGAACGCACGGCACAGUCAUGCCUUCAGAAUCGUCGAUGUCCGCCACCAGCACACAGUCAUCGAUAACAGUAACGACGGUCUCAUCACACACCACCUCCGGUAGUUCCAAUGCUGCUGGUUCAAUUGUAACCUCUGCUUCAACCUCUGCUUCAACAUCGAAGUCUUCCUCCGCUGCUUCGUCUUCAUCGUUUCCAACAAAGUGUAAUUGUCCAAUCCAUAAGGAGGAAACAUUGCCACCACCACCACCGACCCAAAGCCACUCGACAGCACCACCACCAUGUCAUCCACCGCAGGAUGCCAACGUUGGACUACCGUCUAUGAGCACAACGGUGUCAUGCUGCGUCAAGCCCAUCUGUUGCUCUUUGGCAAUGGCUCAGCAUCACUCCCAACACAAAACGCAACCACCACUACCUGGACCAUCCUACGUUCCGUCUACGGGGAUGUCAUCGACGUGUGGUGGAUGUGUAAUGCAUGCCAGUGGACCCCAAUCUGCAAUGUACAACAAUGGUGCAAUGUACGGUAUGCCCGGACCUUCCUCUUCGUCGUCUGUUUCAUCGGGACACGGUCAUCAUGCACAACCGUUGGCUUCAAGUUCGAUGUCCAAAACCUUUGAUCGAUCAAUAAUGGGAUCGUUCAGUGGUACCGAUUGCGAUAUAAUGUCUGGACAGCAUCAUCAACAUAAAGACGAUUGUCCUAUGGCGCUUGGAAAGCACAAAAAUGCCAUACCCACGGCAGGUGGAGCAGGUGGUACCGGUUCAGGAAGUCAUAGUAGUUGUACCAACAGCUCUGUUAAUGCUUCACCGGCUGGUCCGAGUCGAUCAAGUGCUUCGAGUGGUUCCACGAUAACAUCAUCCGCUUUACUGGAGCCGAUAAAAGUCAACCGAAAGCCAAAUUGCCUUUCGAAAUGCAUCGAUUGCAGCGUGGGAUGCGAGGUAGAGUUUCCACUUGACGCCAUCGCUUGCAUUUUCGAUUGUCUGACGGAGGCAUCUUUAAUACCGGAGGCAGUUACUGUCCAAAUGAACGAAAUGAGCCGCAUGGCGUAUGAUGCCGGCAACGGUGGUGCUGGCGGUGGUCCCGGCAAUGGUGCUGGAUCUGCAGCACCGGAAGAUAUUAACAUUAUCGCUCCGAAGUAUCGGCACCUACCUAUAGUGGAUUCAACCGACAGGCAUGAGACAUAUUUAACACUGGCAUUUGAAGCGGCCAUUCUGGCGUUAAGUAAGCAACGUAUUAUGCCACAUGGGUUGUAUGCGCAGCACGUAAUCUGUAAGCAGCAGGAUCAGUUAAUACAGCGACUACGAAGCAUCGAUCUUGACUCGGUGCUAGUAGGCAUACUGCGAAAACUUAGCGUCCAACUGCUAGAUGGUGGCCCAACGAGUGGUUUAGGCGAGAUGAUACAUCCUGAAUCGGUGCCAAUGCACACGUUGGCUCGCUUUCUGUUCGCCUCAUUGCUGAAUCAACAUUCAGAUUUGGCGUUCGAGAUAGGACUGCGCGCAAUGCGUUUCCCAAUACUGGAGAAUAUCAACGAAGGUGCUUCGGUGAACGGUAUUGAGCUACAGCACAACAACUUCAUGCAUUCACCCUAUCCGCGUUGGUGGACCCUAGGACACUUGGAGACGCAACAGUGUUCGCUCAGUUCAACGAUGCUGAGUGCGGCUAAGGGUGAUACGAAACGUCUGUCUGCUGUGCUACAGAAUGCCCGACGAAACAUACACAGUUCGUCACAUCUGUUUAAGCUCGCUCAAGAUGCGUUCCGCUUUGCUACACCAGAAAAUGGUCCACGCAGUCAAACUCUGCUCGGUGUAGCAUUCGAAUUGGGCCUACAGGUAAUGCGCAUGACACUCACGUGCUUAAAUUGGCGCCGCCGUGAAAUGGUUCGGUGGUUGGUAACCUGUGCGUCUCAUGUCGGUAUUGACGCCCUAAUGUCCAUUAUGCAAAAUUGGUAUCACCUAUUUACGCCAACGGAAGCAACGGGGCCAGUUGCAACAACUAUCAUGUCACAUUCGACGAUCAUGAGACUGAAUCUUAACUUCCGCCAGCAGGACGAGUUGUCUAACUGUGCCCGUACGUUGGCACUACAGUGUGCCACAAAAGAUCCACCAAACUGUGCCCUGAAUGCGCUGACGUUAUGCGAGAACGACGCAAUGGCCUUCGAAACAGCAUAUCAUAUAGUAAUAGAUGCUGCGACUCACAUCAUGACAUCUAGUCAACUGUUUACUAUUGCACGAUAUAUGGAACAUCGUGGCUAUCCAGCACGUGCAUACAAUUUGGCUAUGCUAGCGAUGAAAAACGUCCAGCUGGCAUACAAUCAAGACACGCAUCCCGCUAUCAACGAUAUACACUGGGCGUGCGCAUUAUCUCAUUCGCUUGGCAAGACAGAAUUAUCGAAGAUGAUACCGUUAGUGAUAAAGAACGUGCAAUGUGCAACAGUGCUAUCGGAUAUACUAAGACGUUGUAGCGUUCCUACACCUGGGUUGCACAAUUUUGGCGCACACGGAGCAAGAGGUAACAAUUUGAGACAAUGCAUCAAGUUAAGCUAUGAUCGUGAACCGUUAAAUCAGUUACUGGAAGCAGCCGUUUCGGCAUAUGUCAAUACUACACAUUCAAGAUUAUCGCACAUCUCUCCGCGCCAUUAUAGUGAUUUCAUUGACUUCCUCAGCAAAGCGCGUGACACAUUUAUGCUAGCGCGCGAUGGACCGGCCCAUUUUUCUCGUCUAAUCGAAAACAUUACAAUAGCCUACAAGGGCAAGAAAAAGCUGGUUCGGCAAGUUCGACAACGUUUUCAGUUUGUCUAA